AUGGCCCCAAUACUUCGGCCUAGACCUACCAAAGGAAAGAAUCAACCUCCGCCCAACUCGCCAUCAAAAGGAUCAGCAGCCAGCGCACCAAAACCUCCAAAGGAGACUUCUACUGCAUCUACAAGACACAGUCACCCCCGUAUUCCCACACAGGGCUCUCCCUCAGUCUCUCAACCCCGGCACACACAGCCAUCACCAAGUCCAAGAGCCAUUGCACCAAACCCCCCAAAUCCUGCUCCUGCUCCAUCUUCAAAUUACAAUCAUUACAAUCCUUCCACAGGAGGUUAUUCCACCCUUCUUCAACCCCAGCAAUCUACAAGGGCCUCACAGGGGCGUCUCUCCUCGUCCCACAACACCGCCCGCACCACUUCUACUGCCCGCACCACCACGCGCACCACAUCCAAUGCUCCCACUUCUACAGGUACCACUUCUAAUGCUCCUGCUACCACCCGCGUCACUCCUACUGUUUUCAAUACUACCCGCACUACUUCCAUUGCUCCUACCAGCACCCGUAACGUUCCCACCACUCCCACCGUCGAGGAACUCCGCCAACGCCGCAAAGCCCGUAUACAAGAACUCUGUGCAGACAUCAGCGCAAGUUACCGCCACUUCUUGGAAAUCCUCCAACUGAUACCUCUGGACUGGAGUCGCGACGAGCGUCCAGACCCGUAUCUGAAGAGCCUACUCGCGAAUCGGAUGAUGCCACAGGAUAGAGAGUGUGAGCUUGCGCUUGCGAUUACGUUUGCAAAGGAGAAUUGGUGGCAUUUUGCGACGUGGCCGGAGGACGUAAAGAAGUAUGCGGAGUUGGAGAGGGACAAGAGGAGGAGGGAGUGGGAGCAGAGGCAGAGAGAGUGGGAGCGGAGACAUUGGGAGUGGGUGGAAAAGAGGGAGAAGGAGGCGAGGGGAUAGAAUCACGGAAUACAAGAAGGUGGAUUAAGAGUUGGUUCAGAAGUUGAAUCUUUGUUGCCUG